GGGCGGGAACAAAGAAGCGAACGCGGGAGCCCGGUGCGCGGGAGCGCGCUCUCCGCAGACUGGUUGAGCGAGCGGGAGAGGCCCGGGGCACGUGCAGACAGGAGCCCCGCGAGUGGCGCGCCGGGGAUGUGAGUGCCCCUUGCCUUCUACGGCACCUAGCCCCCUCCCCGCCCACUGCCCCUGCUUUUGCAUAUUUACAGUAAUCUGACCGGGCCCGCGCCCCUCCUCCCGUCCUAAGCCUUCAGGAGGCCGUGCGGGGUCCUGGUUGGCCUGACUGCGCUAGCCCGGGGUCCGGCCGAUCUACCAGGGAGGCCCGCCGCGCCCUCUCGGCCCGCGCGCCCGUGGCGGUAGCGGAAGAGGCGCCGGCGCCGCGCCGCUGCCCAGAGGGGCUGCCGCGCGCCCGCUUCCUGUUCGGCUGGUUCCAGCCAGCUCGAGGACAAAACACGCGUGCGCGCGGCGGACGGCCAGGCGCGCUCGCCGCCUCAGCCGCGGGUGCCGGGGGCAGUCCGCCUUUUUCCGGAGCAACCCGGCCACGGUGCUAAUCGAUAGCAGCCGCCGCAGCAGCUCCGCACUGGGGGACAGAGGGCGGAAAAAGGCGGGGUUGACGGCUCUUUGCUAGGAGUGGGCUGGACCGGACGCCAGAGACAAAAGGCUCUCAAGGCAAGAGGGACUCGGCCGUGCGACGGCGCUGCUCGGGAUUUUUUGACCCCAGGACUUGACGCUCCUUCGUUUUUUUCUUCUGACGCUUCUCUUAUCCCAAGCCCGCGCCCCCUCACCCGCGACCUCGCUCCUCACCGGAGGGCCGCGAUGGAGGUCCCGCCCCGGCUUUCCCAUGUGCCGCCGCCAUUGUUCCCCUCCGCUCCCGCUACUUUAGCCUCCCGUAGCCUCUCCCAUUGGCGGCCGCGGGCGCCGCGGCAGCUCGCCCCACUCCUCCCUUCGCUCGCUUCCAGCUCCGCCCGGCAGGGGGCGCGCCGGGCCCAGCGCCACGUCACCGCCCAGCCGCCCUCCCGAUUGGCGGGCGGGGCAGCUAUAAAGGGAGGGCGCAGGCGGCGCCCGGAUCUCUUCCGCCGCCAUUUUAAAUCCAGCUCCAUACAACGCUCUGCCGCCGCUGCUGCCGCGACCCGGACUGCGCGCCAGCACCCCCCGGCCGACAACUCCGCCACUAUGGAGGACAUGAACGAAUAUAGCAACAUAGAGGAAUUCGCAGAGGGAUCCAAAAUCAACGCAAGCAAGAAUCAGCAGGAUNUUGACCCACAGCCAAGAUCCAUAGUACUAUCAGGAAUUUCACAUGUCAGAAAGUGGUUUGAGGAAGUGUUUUUAUGCCAGUGA